UAAAAUUUUUUUUUUCUUAGAAAAGUAAUUAAAUUUAUUUGCUGUUCAGUAAUUAUUAAUUGAUUGACAUGUUUAAAUAACUCAACAAAUGUUAUUGACAUACCUACAUACAAUGUGAUGAAAGAAACAAUAAUAAUAAAUCAUUCUUGCACGUUUUCAUUUCAAAACUAAGUGAACCAUCGCGAAGACAUGAAGUCGUUAAUAUUUCGAAAUUAUUUCCUAAUUCUAAUAGUUUAUCAUUUGAAAAUUUCCUCCAGUUCAAAUUAUAACACCACUUUUAUUUGUGAAAUUAUUGGAAAAAUAAAUCUUGCUUACAAAAUUGAAACAUUACCAAUAUUCCGGGAUAAUUCUUUCGAAAAUGAUUUUCAGAACUUUCCGAAUCUUUUUCAACAUUUUGUAAACAAGUUAAAACUUCCUCAGUUUCAUUUCGUAAAUUAUUCCAGCGAAGAAUUACGUUUUAAAACUAAUUCUGAUUAUUCUUUACCAAUUAUUCUAACUCGUCCAGGUUCAUUUGAUGCUUUGAGAACAUCAGAAGGACGACUUAAUCGAAUGCAUAAUUCGAAAAUACUUAUUGUCCUAAGUCACCCAGUAGUUUUAAAAGAUUUGGAAUAUCUGCGAAACUGGAUGUCACAGGAAAAAUUCUUUGAUGUUGUGGUACUUUUCGAGGACAAGCCAACGAAACAGAAUCGUUUAUUCACUAUUGAUCCUUAUCCGACUGUUAAAUGGCUUAAUCGAACGCACCUUCUCGAUUCUGGAGAAGUUUUCUUGAAACAUAAAAAUAACCUCAAGCAAUAUCGCAUAGAAACACCAUUUACUGAAGAUGUACCAAGAGUUUUCUUCUACACACAAAAUGGGAAACAACACUUAGUGGGAAGGAAUGCAAACAUCAUAAUGUUAUUCGCUAAGCAUAUGAACAUAACACUCGUCAAGACCUAUCAGCCUAAUAUGGACUUAAAUAUGAUACUAAAUCAACUUCCGGAUAAGAAGUCGGAAUUAAGCUUUCAUUCGUACUCAAUGUUUUUCUUGAACGAUUUCGGAUGGAGCUAUCCUCUGGACAUGGUGUACUUUUGUGUUAUGUUGCCAUUUCAUGUUGGUGUUCCUAAAAAUCAGUACUUUGUUACAGCUUUUGAUUGGGGAACUUGGCUUGCUAUUGCGUUCAGUGUACUCUUUAUUGCUGUACUGAUGAAAUUUGUUGAUCCCAGACUAUCAACUAUUCAAGACAAUGAUGCUGGAAUGCGUUACUUUUUUCGAAGUCUAGCCUUGAUGACUUACAGUUCGAAUAUGUCAGCACGAAUGAUUUCUCCGAAUAUUAGACAAUUUGUAUUCUUCGGUCUGGUAUUCCUCCUGGCUUUCAUACUUUCCUGCUUCUAUUCAACUUUUUUGACAAGUUUCUGCACAGAAAAGGUUUAUCGACGGCCAAUCGAAACAGUUGAAGGUCUUUCUCGAGCGAAUCUUCGUAUAAUGAUUAUCGAUUACGAAUUGGGAACAGCUCAACAGUACUCUCAUUUCGGGGAUCAAUUUCUUCAACUUCUCUAUCCAGUUCCGUAUUUUGAAGUAAUCAAGCGACGAGAUAAUUUCGACUACAACUUUGCCUAUACAAUUCAACACGACCGAUGGUUUUAUUUGCACAAACAGCAACGUGGACUUAAACAUCCAAUGUUUCGUUUAUCGAAUAUUUGUUUUGGACCACAUUACCUUGUAUUUCCACUUCGUGAGAACUCCCAUUUACAACCUUAUUUGUUUGAUUUUUUCUUAAGGGUGGUACAAGCCGGCUUGGAUAGUUAUUGGGAGGAAGAAGCUUUUCGUUUGGCAGUGGCAAUGAAUCAUUCGAAAGUGUUGGUGGAUCGAACGGUAUUUGUUCAGCCAUUGAACUUGGAUUAUUUCCAAUAUGUAUUUGCUGGAUGGUUGGUUGGGUUGGGGAUAAGCACUGUUAAUUUUAUAGAUGAAUUAUUCAGGAAGAGGAGAUUGCAGGAAUUUUAAAGUAAAGUAUAAAGUUUUUUUGGUUAUUGAACUUAUUUUUAGAGUGAAAUAAAUAUAUUUGAGAAAAAUAAAAUUAUUGAUACUUUUGUUUUUUGCUGUGAGGCCAAAAAAUUGUUUUAAACGAUGUUUCUAUUUAUUCUCUUUUUUCGUUUCUUUGGCAAACAAAAGGAUUGAUGAGUAGUGACUUUUUCAAAAAGGAAUAUAACAAUUUUUCAAGUCCAAGUCAAAAGUGUUUGACGGGAAUGUAUGUUCCAUCAUAGCUUCUAAACUACUUAUUGUAAUUUGAUAAAUGAGGUAUCGUUUGAAGCAUCUUGCUUGUCCACAGGUUAUGGGACAGAUUAAAUUUAAUAAUUCACCCUCUAUUAUAUUUAAAGUAAUGAAACAAAUUUGAAGUUUCACAAUUUCGCGAUUUGUUUCUUUUUUUUCCGAUUUUCUAAGAAAUGGCUAAAAAUGUUUAUAUUAAAGUGGCUCUUCAAAUAGGUUACUUUUAAUUAAUUCACUACAAUUAUAAAAAAUAAUAAAAUUUGUAUUGUAACAUCAAUAAAAGAGUACUUAAAAUUUAAUUCAAAGAAAAAAAAUGUUAUUUUUAUUGAAACUGAUGAGUGGCCCUCUUAAUGUCUCGUUGAUAUUAUUAUGAGUAUACUGAACUGAUGGACAUACUGAUGCAUGACAUGCACUUUUGUCCUCCUCAUUCCUCCUACCCAUGUAGAAAAGAUGAGAUUCUCUUGAGAAUUUUCAUAAUAACGACAACGAAAAGAGGAAAAUAAAAUUAUAUGUACAAAUUAAUUUAAACUCAUAAUCAAAAAUGCUAUAUGCUUCAUUCAACAAUGCCAGUUUUCAUCUUUUUCACCCGCAUGUUCAUAUGUAUGCUUUAUACGCUACACGCAUAUAUAUAAGAGCGACAAUUUCAUACAUUUAUGCAUAUGUGUGUGUUUGUGGAACUUCCACACCACACACAAUUCAAAUUGAAAAGGACUUGCAUUAGGUUGUGACAUCCGUUCGUUGAUGUCAUGGAGUAAAACUAAUUAAAAUUAUAAAAAAAAAUACGAACAAAAAAACCAACCACAACAUACAAAUGACAUUAAAGUUAAUUUGAGGCGGCCCCAUUGCUUUGUCUGGCGGUAAGGUAUUCACAUUUUAUAAUUUACAAAGGCAUCCAGAGCCAAAGAAAAGUUUAAACAGAGACAGCUCUGUUUAAAAGUAGGACGUCUGUCGCCGCUGUGCAUCGGGAUGCAGUUUUCA